CAAUGCAUAGCACGGCUGACAAGGGUUGUGUCUCUGAAAUUGUCCACGAUAAAAUUUCACUUUAUUGGAAACUUGUAAAGGGGCAACACUAGAGCCGUGCCGUUUUUCCUCGUACGUAUCUGCACACUGGACGCAGAAGAAAUCGCGUUGACCGGAAACGUCGGCGAACACGUCCAACUUCUCCUAAAACACUGGAUUUUACAGUCGGGGCUGCAUGAAGGAACUGCCCGGCCCGAUGGGGGCUUGGCCGACACCCUGGUCCACGGAACUCAAGAUCGAGGCUUUAAUAUGCGGGCCUUAGCUAUUUUCUCCAUAACGGAGGGGAAAGGAAGAGAAAUGAGCGUGUGAAGAAGCGACGCGACGAUAAUACACGGAUGACUAGUCCCGAAACAGCAUAUUUUUCACACGUCCUCUCCAAAGAAUCGGUAGUUUCGUGUCCGUGGAUUAGCUAGAGCUAACAGCGGAGUGGCUAACUGGAGUGCUAACGUUACGUCUUUCUUUUGAUGUCAGGCGAAUUCAACCGUUUGUGUCGGCCCGUCAAUAUUUGGCAGGACAGAAAAAUGCUGUUCACACAGCUUGUGUUUUUAUCUGUAUUUAGGUAGAUUUAUUCUCACCUUGUCAGUAAUAUUCAUAGCUGUUUUGAGAAUAUAGUUCUAUCCUUACAUAGCUAACUGAAUAUAUUAUGAUGCAUUGAGAGAGCAGUGACAUGCUAAUCACCUAUCCAACUAAGCUAAGGCUACUUGGCUAACGUUGGCAGGACAGGGAGGAAACAACAUAACACAGAUAUGCUAGGUAGAGGCAGCGUUUACUGCGCUAGCUCAACAACAAAAGAUCCAGUUAAUUUUGAUUUACAAGGCUUUUGCUUGUCAGAUUGAGAUCCGAUCUCAGCAGUUGGCCCUAAUAACACAUCUCAUCCGUUUAUUUAUACGAAAUCAUGCCACGGCCACUCGUCAAUUAAUGUCAGAUAUUUAAGUUUCUAGCCUCGCUAACUGGCUAACGAUAUCGUUUUGCUAACAGGAAAAUUGAUUGUCAGUCGAAAUCCCAGACAUUGUAGAGACAAGGGUUGCAUUGAGUGGUGUCAAGGUUGAUUUGAGUUUCUUUUUUAGAUCCACGCAGAGGUCAUUUAGCUCGCUUUGUCAGCAACAUACACUUGGCUUUUUGUUUACAUACGUUUAUUUGGUUGUCGGCUGAUUUUCCUGCUAGCAAGCUAAUGCUAGCUCUCUACGAGACACAAUCAGCCAUGUCCUGACAUAUGUAAAUGUGUCGAACAUGUCAUAAUUUCUUCCGUGGAUCGAAGAUUGCUUUUGGAUGCGUUGAAAUGACACUCGGAUAUCGCCGUAAGAAAGGCACUGAUGCCAAGACACUGUCCUCUAAGGAAGCUAAAUAAUAGAUAGUGGUACUAUUAACGCCAUUUUAAACAGAGGCUCUUGUGAGGGCCUGUGUGGUGGUGGUUCGUUUGCGGUUUGGUGCCUUCGAGCGGACCGGGACUUGAGCAAAGUGCCUUCGGUCUGACAGGAGUGGAGAGAAGGGGGGGCAGUUAUAUCAUGGAGGGUCCGAGCCGGAGCAGUGGAUUCAGACAGAGCAGACGGUCCCGAUCGCAGCGCGACAGGGAGCGGCGGAGGAGAGUCGACCUCGCCGAGCAGCGGGCCACAUCCCUGUCCUCGGGCUCCGAUCAUGAGGCUUGUGGGACCAACUCUGUUCUGGGACCCGGUGGGAGAGAAAGCCGGCCUGGGUUCGGGAGACACAGGCCUCCCCGUCGGAGGAAGAGAGAGUCAGUGUCGUGCGAAGAAGACAUAAUCGAUGGUUUCGCAAUUGCGAGCUUCAUCAGCCUAGAAGCCCUGGAGAUGGACUGCUCUCUAAAGCCCAACCAACGUGCUGCUAUGCUGAUGGGAAGAGGGAGCAAGAGGAAGAGAGGCCCAGAGGAGAACGGUGGAGGGCCGCUUUCAGAACCUGAGGAAGGAGCCCCACCCAGCUACUCCCGCAGUUGUUGGAACAGGAAUAGAAAAAAGAGGAGAAAGACAGACGUAAAGGGCGCAUUGGGGCUCCCUUUGGAGACCGGCUAUAUUUGUGACACUGAGAGUGAUUCAGGAGAUAAGGCCUCUGACAAUGACAUGGAACCAGUGUUCACAGUGAGCACCAGGAAAGUCGGUGAACCCAUCCCUGUGAGCAUGGCUUCAUCUGUAGGCAAAAGCUGCCCUUCUCUACCUUCUCGUUGUGGUGGGGUCUCCCGGCUGAUGGUCACCCCGAGUGUAUCUGGCCUGGAGCGCAGUCAGGAGAGAAGCCUGGAGCCGCCUUACCCAGAGCCCGUUUCUUCUUCUACCUCUUCCGCCUCCUUCUCUUGCCUACCUGCCCACUCUGCGGUUACGGCCACAGCCACAGUUACCCGGCCCAGCUUACCCAAUGGUGGCAGCAGCCUUCAUAGCCGCCACGAUCCCAGUCCCCCGCUCUCCAAACACAAGCCUUUCCUUACUUUUCCUGGACGACCUCACUCCAUCUACAGCAUGGGCAUCAGCAACAGAAACAGCACUUCAGUCAAACCCCCAUCAUCUGCUGCUUCUUCCUCAUCCUCCAUGCGUCCCCCCACUCCCUCUACCAGUAUGUCACUUAACAGAGGCUCAGUAUCCUCAGGGCCCCUCCGACCCCCAUCACGAGCCAGCUCUGGGACCCUAUUCACCUCUUCACCUGGCCUGCCUCCUCCUCCGCCUCUACUACAAGUUUCCAGCCACUCAACAGCAGCAGACCAAGAUUUACUGCGUCAAAGUUUAAACUCUCACUUCCUGGCCUCUCAAGAUCGUGAAGACAGGCGCAGUGUCCCUGGGGCUGAGAGCAACACACCCGGUGCAGGCCGGUCCACCCCUGGUGGUCCAUCAGCAUCAAGUUCUACCCCAGGUUCAUCAGGCAGGACGUCUCAGAACCAGUCCAACAUCCAACCCCUGGCCUUCCAGUUCCAUCAGCACAACCACCAGCACCAACACACACAUACACACCAACACUUCACACCUUUCUUGCACCCCACAGCUACUGCACCACCCCUGUUUGAUAAGUAUGCAGGCAAGAUGGACGGGCUGUACCGACACACUUUCUUCCCACAAUACCCUCCUCCAUCAGUCCCUGGUAUCCAGCCUGUGAUUCCUCCCGCUGGGCCUUUCAGCUCUCUGCAAGGAGCUUUUCAGCCAAAGCCUCUUGUCCCUCAGGGAACGGGUCCUGAGAUGACCACUCGACUUGGGGUUGUGCCUCACCACCUGCAGCCCAAAGACCCCAGGCUAACUGAUCCAUUUGGGGCAUCGUUGAAAGUCAGUAAAAAACCUGGAAAAUGGUGUGCUAUGCAUGUACAUGUGGCCUGGAUGAUUCUAAGCCAUCAGAAAAAAGUAAAGAUGAUGCAAGCUGAACCUCACAAGCUGGACUUCCGUAGUGAUUUGCUGGCCCGUAUUCCUGGAGCUGGAAGUCUGGGCCCUCUGGGUCCCCUGGGAGGAGGCCUCCCCCCUACACAUGAGCUUACCAGACCUGCCAGUCUAUUCACAACCACAGGUGGAGUCAAUCCGUCCUCAACUCCUUUUAUUCCUCCAUCAACACCUCACUCCUCUUUCCUCACUCCAACAGCACACUUGGAUCCAUAUGGCCGCUCACCUCCCUUUACCCCACUGGGAGCCCUGGGCUCUAGUGCCUUUGGAGGACUUGGCAGCCCAACUCUGGCAGGUGGCUCUGUGUUUGGCCACAAGGACUCUCCAGCCACUGUGGUUGGGGGCUUAUCAACCUCGAACCAUCAUGAUCCAUGGAAUCGGCUACAUGGGGGCCCUCCUGGGUUCCCUGCUGGCCCCAGCUGGGCUAAAGGUGCCGACAAGAGGGACGAUAGAGAUCGAGGGAAGGAUGCGGACAGGAGAGACAUCCCUCACAUUAAGGAUGAAAAGGACAGAGACAACAUGCUGUAUGGGCGGCAACCUGUAAGAAUGUCUCCGGUUGCCCUUGCCUUCAAACCACGCAGUAGCACCCCAGUCUCUCACAUCAACGGCCACAGCAAUGCCCUUGCAGGGAGCAGUGGGCAUAUUGAGGACCUGGCUCGCAGUGUGAACAGAGACAGAGACCGUGAGCGAGACAGAGAUGGGGAUAAGAGGCUGCUGCAGACAAUGUCUUCAAGGGGGCCUCCUCUUGGCUCUUCAUCUGUAAUAGCAGACAGAGACAGACCACGGUCUUCCUCAUCCUCUGUGCUCACCACUCCCCCACCCUCCAACCGCUCUGCCCCAUCUCCCUUGGACCUGUACCCCCGCCAGCAGCCCUCCUCAGCACACAGCCUCCAUGGUGAACCCUCCCACUCCUCCUCCCAAAGAGACGGCAGCCUUCCUGCUUCGUCCUCGGCUUCUGCCACUGUCACCUCUCUGUCUCAGGGCAAGAAGCCUGAUCGGACCACAACCCCAGUUCCCAAACCCCCUUUGCUCCUCCCGCCCGUCAAAGUCAAAGAGGAACGGAAAGAGGAGCCAGAGCACAUCCCCAUCACCCUGCAGGCUCCCCCAGCCCCCAGCCACAGUUUUGAGCGGCCCAACAGCCGUCACCACCACCCUAGCUCUGGUACCCCCUCCUCCUCUUUGUCACUGACUCCAACUCCUGGUGUUCCCAUCCCCCCACCCACCCCUCACCCUCCUUCCCACCAUCAUCUCUCCCUGCUUGAGCGUACUAGGGCAAUUGAGGCCUAUUUGGGGAGCACAGCAGGGGCUGGAGGACUCGUGAUGGGUCCAGGAGGAGAACGAUUCCCCCACAGUCAUGCCCAGGGACCGUCCCAGGCCCCCCACAGUUUUACCUGGGACCCCUGGAGGGAGCUGGCUGCCCAGCAGCAGCAGCAGCAGCAACGAAGGGAGGUGAUGGCCCUGCGGUCAGACCCCCACCUGGCACUGCGCUCCGACCCCCAUCUGGCCCGGCUAAUCCAGCACCAACAUGCUCAGCGCUUCCUGGAGGCAGAGAGGGCUGCGGCUGUAGCAGCUGCAGCAGCUGCCACACCUCACCACCCUCAGACAUCUACCUCUUCUGCCUCCACCUCUGCUGUCCGGCAGGAGUUUGGCCUGAUGGCCCACCACUUUGAUCGCCCCCCCCAGCUUGGACCUCCAGGUGGUGGGUUAAUGGAUGAGGAGCAGCGAGCUCAGAUCCUGCGGGAGGACUUUGAACGAGCUCGCUACUUUGGGAUGCACCCACACCCGCACUUAUCCACCGGAUCUCACCUGCCGAGCCCCUCCCAUGCUGCUACUGCCACCCACCUGGACCAGCUUCACCCAGGCCUUCUUUCCCACCCACUCCCUCCUGGAGCCUCUGCCACUUCCCAGCACCACCCGGGCCUUUACUCCCGUCUGGGACCGCUUCACUCGCACCAUGUGCCCAACGGUAUUUUGGCCAAGACCCCUGCCGGCUUGGUGGGAGCUCUUUCAGUGGGGGCACCUCCUCCCCUCAUUCCAUCAGUGACCAGCCGGUCGUCCACACCUCCCCGGAGCUCCAGACUCGGAGGGCCAGGUGAGCUUGCUCUUUAUGGUGCCCAUAAGGAUGGGGAGUCCAGAUAGUACAAGGACAACACUGUGGAGAAGAUGAAGGGAAACCUAAGGAUCACUGUGCUGCUCUCAAUCUGCCCCCCCCCGACCCCUAAAUUAAAAAAAAAAAAAAAAAAAAACAACUACUAAGCCCAGCCCAUCCAUGCACACAACCAGACAAGGUUCCAGACCCUACAAAAAGGGUGAUCAUGAUUGGCUGGAUUACAGUAGGGAGGGAAGAGCAAGACUUGUUGGUGUGACAUGGAAUAUUAUUCCCAAUGGUUCUAUCAGUGCAAUUUAAAGGUACAUGUUUUCUGUGCAUCCUUGUGUAUUUUUUUUUAAUUUCAUAUUGGCUCUUGGUAAAUACAAAACACACUUAGCUGUAUGAAGAGGCAGAGGACAACUUUUUUUUUUUUUACCAGGCUAACUAUAAUCCAUGCUUUUAAGCAAGCCUUUUCCAGUUGGAUUGGAAAUGACAGCUAGAGGGAUGUGCACUUUAAGUACACAUUAAGGAUUCAUUCUCCCCUCUUUAAGUCAUGGGGUAUUUUAAAGCCGUCUUCUGCAUAAAUCAAACCUGAUCUGCUAUUGUGGAUGAGGGCUUCAGAAAUAUAGUGGUAAAGGAGUUUUUCGCUGUUCGGUUUUGUCUUUUGUCAUUGUGAAAAGACAGUAGAUUACUGAUGAAACAUAUGAGCUAUAGAAGAUCAGUGAGCGUCGGUACCUCAGUUCUCUGCUUCACCCAAAAAACAACCCCCAACCCUCAACUUCACCACUUAAGUGAUAUGAGAUUUUCCACCUUUUUUUUUGGAUUAUUAUUAUUAAAGAAUGAAUGGCGAAAUGAACUGUGCUACAUUGUGUGGGUGGACACAAUUCUUUUGAACUUCCUGUAACUGUUUCCCAUUCUCCUCUGACUCAGUAUAUGAGCAGGACCAGAUUAUAGUAGUAUAGUGAAAAUGCCUUUGUAAUUAUUAUUCUUAACAUUAAUUAUCUUCUAUAAUAAUAAAUAUAUUCACUGUUAUGUUAUUUGUCAUUGUUUCAGGUAUCAACCAGUACUCUCUCCCCAGGUAGUAAUAAGUUCUUUCAAAUCAUGCAAAAGACAAAGCAAAAGGCUUGCUUCACAGAAAACUUAUGCUUGUGAACUUUUAAGCCACAACCAUUGCAACCUCUGGCCUCUUCAAGGAUCUCUGACCUAUGACUUUAUUAUGCUGAGAGGGAGGUUUGCGUGUGUGUCGUUGGUGGUCUGUCACAUCAUAUUUGGAACAACAGGAGCCUUGUUUGUUGAACUGCAGAGAUGUUUCAUCAGUUAAGAUAAGUUAUAUACAUGGAAAUGAGGAACAUCUGCUGAAGAACUGAAAAGUAAAAGGACUUGUGUCAAAGGACAACUGGACAGUGGGUAUACUGAGAGGAGGAAAAGACAUUGGGUCGAUUAUUUUAAUAUGACCAUUUUAUACCUUUCAAACCCCUUCCCCUAGAGACCACAAAGAUUAAUUAUU